AUGUCCACGUUCAGCGCCACUGCUUUCGGCAGCAACAUCGCCGACCUAUAUCUGCCAUUCGACCGAGGCAUGAGCGCUGCCAUCGACGACACGGUGGGCGCCGUGCAGAAGUUGUCUCCUGUCGCGGGACGCAUCCUCGACCUAGGCUCAGGCCCUGGGGAGCCCGGGUGCACGUUGGCCGCGGCUCUGCCGCGCGCGCAGGUCAUCUGCAGCGACGUGGCUGAGGCGAUGGUGGACAUGGCCAGGGAGCGCGCGCAGGCCAAGGGCUUGGCCAACGUCUCUACGAUGGUCCUCGACAUCACAGAUCAGAGCGCGAUUCCCUCCGCUUCGCAAGACGUCGUGACUGCCAAUUUCGCCUUGAUGUCCACCGCCGACUUGUCGGCGGCGCUGCGAGAGGUGCACCGCGUGCUCAAGCCGGGUGGCUUCUUCGUCGGCACGGUUUGGCAGAUGUUUUCGGUGCCGGUCCUCGCGAACGACGUCAUGACGGAGCUCCUCGGUGAGCCGCCGCAGCCACCUGCGGUUGACCCCAUGCGGCCGGCUAUCGUCGACCCCGCGCUCCUGGACGCUCAGUUCGCAGCGGCCGCGCUGCACCCCGUGGACGGCCACAACACUCUGGGCGAGAUCACGUUCGAUCUCGGCGCGCUGGCCGACGGCGCCGCGUGGAAGAGCGCCCUGCUCUCGCACUUGGCCAGGCUCGAGGGAAUGGAGGCGAGCGGAGGCGCCAGCCAAGAGCAGGCGAGGGCCGCCGUCGAGAGGAUGGGCAACGAGGCGGCCUCUGCUGCGAAACCGGGACCACGCAAAGAACUGCUGGCAGCACAGCGCGCGAUCUCCACGAAGCCGAACCGGGAGGCGGUCGUGCUCAAGGAUGCGAGGACGUUGGACACCAGAUUCUCGAAGCCCCCGCUCAUCCCCGCCCAGAGCAGUUCCGACGCGGCCGCGGCCCGGGAGGCGCCAUCGGAGGAGCGCUGUUGCGGCUGGCCCGGCGGAGGCGAUGCCUGGCGCCGCGAGGCCCAGAGCUGCAGCGCCCUGGCAGAGCCGGAGCAGCCCCAGGGCUCUGGCGCGGGAGGGGUCGCUGCGCUCACCCGGAGUCGGGAAGGCAUCGACGGGCACGGCUCGCAGGGCGCCGCGGGUGACACCCAGUCCGACAAGCAGCCAGCAGCCCAUGGGGGACGGAGCCGCAGCCAGCACGACCUCUUGGGCGACUCCAGACUGGCGGACUUCAGGCUGGGACUGGCGACCAGACUGGAGUUGGAGAGCGCGGUCAUGGAGCGAGCCCAGAACGAAGCCAAGCUUGACUUUGCCAUCAAGAAGGGCGAGGGCCUCACUGAUUUCACGGUAAGACGGGACUAUCAGCUAGCGACGGCCGAGAGAAUCGCAGGGCUGGUGUUGCCCGACUCCGUGCAGGCCAGGAGUGCGAUUUGGGAGCUGGACGUGUCCGAGCAUGGUUCCCUUCCGAAGACGACGACUGCGACGAGAUCGAAUUCAAGUUGCAUGACCGCAUCGAGCCCGAAGCCGGGUUUCGUAGACUACGCGGAGGGCCAGGAGGCCCUUGACGAGAAUGACGACGGAGGUCCGUGCACGGACAGAUAUGGGACCGAGUACAACGAGGUGGACAUCUGGUCCGCUGGGGUGCUGCUGUACAUCGUGCUGACUGGGAGGCCUCCGUGGAAGUACACGCGCGCCGACGGAUUGCGACCACUGCGGAGGUCCUUCACCAUGCACGACAAGUUGGCCGCGGCUUUCAGUGGCGAGGACGGGGAGACAUCGCCGCGGCGCCAGUCCUCGCCGUGGCGCUGCUCAAGCAGCUGCUGGUCGCGGACCCCAUCCAGCGGACCACCGCCCUGGACGCAGGUGGUCACGAGUGGCUGUCCAGCGCCUCGCGGAGCGACAGGGGCAUCGACUGGCAGGCCGGCCCGACCAUCCAGGUGGAGCGCAGCUUGUACGCGUCCGUCCACCAGGGCGUCGCCGCCACGCCGACGGCGAGGCUGGGCAUCACCAUGGACGGCGUGCCAGACGAGGAGGACGAAGACGAGCUGGAGGACACCAACGAGCGCAGCGACUUCUUCAUGA